AUGCCGUCACCUAUCGACACCGCCGAGGACUCGGCCGAGAAACACUCGUUGGAACGCUCGCCGUCUUCGCAGUCGGCCAGCGAGAACCAAGCGCCCACCAAAGCGCUCCACACGUUGCUCGGCGCAGGGAAUAAGGCCCCAUUGCCUAGGACGCUGCAGCCAAGGCAUUUGUCUUUUGUUGCGAUUGGAGGAACUAUCGGUUAGUUCCUGUAUAUGAAUGAGUCAUUCUGCGUGUCCGUGCUGUGUGCGCUGGUGAGGCAGGUUGGCGCUGGCUCUUAUCGAACGGGGCGGUCGACCCGAGACGACCCACCCGCAGCUGCUCAAGAUGUUUCGGGUUCGCCGAGGGGCAAUCGCACACGGACACGCUUAACUUUUGAUUGGGAAUGAGCACGCAACUGACCGGAUGUUUCCUGGACCACAGGGACGGGCAUCUUUUUCAGUCUUGGAUCCGUCGUCGCGACAGGUGGUGCCGGAGGUGCCCUAGUCGCCUACAUCCUCGUCGGUGAGUCUAUCAGUGACGAGGUGGGGAUGAUACGGCCUCAACGCAAGAGAUUGCGGGGCGCCUAAUCAUUGACACGCUUGCCUCUAACAAUUUCUACAUUCUCUUCCAGGCAUCUUCUGCUUCGCCGUCGUCCUUACCCUGGGUGAAAUGGCGAGUUUGAUCCCCGUUUCGGGCGCUUUCUCGACCUUUGGCUCGCGCUUCGUUUCGCCCGCUCUUGGAUUUACGCUGGGAUGGUAAAUAGUGGUUUCGCCCGGAUUGUCACUGUGCAAGGGCUGAGUCUAUGAUCUACCCAAACUUCAUAAGGUCCUACUGGUUGCAAUGGUCCUUCUCCAUCCCUUCCGAGCUCAUCGCCGCCUCGAUCAUGUACGUGGUGGCCAAAGGUCGUCCCUGUCAUGUUUCGCUGUGACGAAGACACCUGUCUGACACCCCACCCGUGUUAAUCAAGAUUAUCCUAUUGGACCGACAAGCUCAAGACGUGGGAGUGGAGUCUCAUCAGUAAGUACUUCACCUGUCGACGAUUCAGCGGUGGCCCCUGUCCUGACACAACUCGCUCGCCCACAGUCAUCUUGCCCGUCUUUGCCUUCAACUGCCUCGGCACAAGGGCAUGGGGAGAGUCUGAAUACUGGCUCGCGCUCAUCAAGGUUAUCAUGAUCGUGCUCUUCAUUAUCGUAGGCCUAAUAUACGACUGGGGCGGAGUGAUCGGGCAUCCCGGUCCCGGCCUGAGCAACUUCCGUGAUGGACCAUUCUUCGAUGGCUUCUCCGGUGUCGCCAAGUCGUUCACCUUCGCUUUCUACAGUUACGGAGGUGUCGAACUCGUGGCCCUUGCCGCUGGUGAGAGUGCGAACCCUCACAAGAGCAUUCCUCGUGCGAUCAAAGCGACCUUCAUCCGAAUUGUCCUCUUCUACGUCUUGACCGUCUUGGUCGUCGGAUUGUGCAUCAACCGCAACGACCCUUCACUCUUCUCGGCCUACGACAACUCGGACGUCGCUGCUAGUCCCAUCACGACCGUCUUCCGCCAAGCAGGCUUUGGCGCUGCAGUUCACGUCGUCAAUGCGGUGCUCCUCACGGCCGUCCUGUCCGCCACGAACUCGUGCUUCUACGCGUCAUCUCGAAUGAUGACCGCCCUCGCCCGCGAGAACAAGGCGCCUGCCAUCAUGGGAUGGACGACGAAGCGAGGAGUGCCCAUUCCUGCUUUGCUCCUCACCUUGUUCAUCUCCUUCCUGACGUUCCUCACUUCGGCGAUCGGUACGGGCGCAACGUUCACCUGGCUUCUCUCCAUCACCGGCAUCUUGAGUUUGGUAACCUGGAUCUCGAUCGCGGCGAUCAACCUCCGCUUCCGAUCCGCUUUCAAGGCACAGGGUCGGGACGUUUCCGACCUCCCGUAUCGUGCUCCUCUCGGACCUCUGCUACCGAGUGAGUUUGCUGAGAUGCGGUGAUAGGUAUGGAAGCUGACCAGGUUUUUGAACGUGUGCCGAUCUAGUCUUGGCGAUCGUGUUGGGAGCUGCGAUGUUUGGUGCCCAAGGCUGGGCCGCGACGACAUACGAGGAUGGAAAGAUGGCUCAAGACCUUGUCGCAGUCUGUGAGUGACGAGUGAUGGUGCAAAUGGUCCAGUGUGUAUCGCAAUGGGCUGAAGCGCGUGGGUCGGUCUUCUCUUGCGCGCAGACAUCGGCCUCGUCUACUUCAUCAUCCUCUUUGUCGGCUACUGCAUCUGGCAUAAAUUCUGGAUCAAGUCCGACCGCCCGCUUUUGGUCCCCUUACUCGAAUGCGACUUCGAUACCGGUGCCGUCUGGGGUGUCGGUGAAGGUCAAUCGGUCAAGGCUCAGGAUGCUGAGGAGAAGAGGUUGCUCAAGGCGGAGAAGGGUCACUUGGGCUACGCCUGGCUCAAGAUCCGGGAGAGCGUUUGGUAG